ACAAUGACGGUCCCCGAUCCCAAGCCCUUCGCCCGCGAGCUCCUGAUCGCCCAGCUCGCCGUCCAGCGCGCCUCCCUCGCAACCAAGCUCGUCCUCGCCACCAUCCCCCCACCCACAACCCAGACCACCAACGCAAACCAGACCUCCGACAACCAACCAUCCUCCACCGCCGCUCACACCCCGAUCAGCCCCUUCCGGCACCAUCCCCACCCCCAGCAAGACCGGGCAUCAUCACAAACCACCAGCCUCGCCCACCGAUCGCUGGCCAAAGCCGACACGUCGCCGGUGACGGUGGCCGACUACGCCGCGCAGGCGCUGCUCGUCGCCGCCGUGCACGCCGCGUUCCCGCGCGACGCGGUGCUGGGGGAGGAGGACGCGGACGCGCUGCGCGCCGACCCGGCGCUGGCGGCAAGGGUGUGGGAGGUGGUGGAUUCUGCUGGGAGUGAUGGGAGUGGGAGUCGGGUGGUGCUCGGCCGGCCGAGGUCAGUGGAGGAGAUGCUGGAUUUGAUCGCGCUUGGUGGUGGUGGUGGUGGUGGUGGGGCGGAUGGGAGGGGGAAGGGGAGGGAUACGAGUCGCGGGCGGGUGUGGUGCAUGGAUCCGAUGGAUGGGACGAGUGCGUUCUUGCAGGGCGGGCAGUACGCGGUUUCGCUCGCGCUGUUGGAGGACGGGAAGGAGGUGCUCGGCGUGCUUGGGUGUCCGAAUCUGAUGCCUGGUGUUGGGGGCAGGGUGCAGGAGCGGGUGUGCGAUCGGGAUGGCAUGGGCGUGAUGCUGGCUGCGGUGAAGGGCCAGGGGGCCAGCUGGCGGCCGAUGGGGAGGGGCGGGUUGUUGCCUGCGACGAGGAUCGAUCGUGGGAGGGGGAACGCCCCGGUUGAGCUGCGCGAUGUGCACUUUGUGGACUCGUCGAACAGUCCGGCGACGCUAACCGGCAAGGUGCGCGAGCUGGCCGAGAUCACCGGGGCGCUCUAUCCGGCGCCGACCGAAUUGUACUCGUCGCACAUGCGAUAUGCUGCCAUGGCGCUGGGCGGGCGGGAGUUUGUGCAGCUGCGUUGGCCGAAGCCGGGCAAGGGUCCGUGGUCCAUCUGGGACCACGCCGGCUCGCAGCUCAUCUACGCGGAGUCGGGCGCGGGCAAGGUGACCGACUUGGCUGGCAAUCCCAUCAACUUCACCACCGGGGAGAAGCUGUCGAAGAGCUGGGGGUUGAUCACGGCCGACGAGACCAUCCAUGGGAAGAUCCUGGCGUUGGUUACCGGGAUGCUUGCUGCGGAUGCCAGCCCCCAUGCAUAUAAAGGGCAUUCUGCGAGUGGGCACUAG